CAGAACCGCGACCAGUCCUUGGCUCUCAUCCUCGUCCCCUUACCCGACAUACAUCAUGGCCGAUCCCAAAAAGCAGGAGAAGGACUACACUAAGGAGGUCGAUGAACUUCUUCCGGAAGUGCGGAGUCUGGCACAGUCCGGAAAGCUGCAGGAGGCUUUGGACAAGAUUUACAUUUUGGAGAAGCAAACUCGCAAUGCCUCAGACAUGAACUCGACCAAUCGCCUCGUGAAGGAAGCAUCCGAGCUCUGCUACAAGGCCGGGAACCUCGAAAUAUUGAAUACCAACAUUAGUACUUUGAGCAAGAAGCAUGGGCAGCUUAAGGCGGCCAUUCAAGCUCUGGUGGAGCAGGCUAUUGGUUGGCUCGAGGACAUCCGGAAAUCCGCAGGUACGGAGAAGUGGCUGGAGCUCAUCGAGACCUUGAGGACCGUCACGGAAGGGAAGAUUUUCCUCGAAACACCCCGCGCGCGCAUCACUCUCCUCCUUGCGCACCACCAUGAGUCCCUCGCCAACGCCCCUUCCGCCACUCCUGCUUCCCGCAAAGACUCUCUUCAGCUUGCUUCUGACCUGCUCAGCGAUCUCCAAGUUGAGACGUACUCGUCGAUGGAUCGACGAGAGAAGACCGAAUUCAUAUUGGAGCAAAUGCGCCUCUUGAUCGCGCUCGCUCGUCUCAAAGACGCCGAGAUCGGUCAGGAUGGCAAAGAUGCCAUUGGCGGUGGUGAAUCCGAGUGGGUGAGGGUGCGCGUGGGUGGUCGGAAGGUGAACGAGGAGUUCCUCAAGAACAAGGAGAACGAGGACCUCAAACUCAAGUACUACGAUAUGAUGAUCCAAUAUGCGCUACACCAGAGCGCGUACCUUGAUGCUGCGAAGUACUACCACAAGGUCUGGGAGACCCCGGCAAUCAAGGAGGAGGUUAACGGUCGUGGGCGUGAAGCUCUCGAGCAUAUCGUCUACUAUGUUGUCCUGGCGCCUCACGAGAACGAGCAGUCUGACAUGCUCCACCGUCUGUUCCUAGAUCCUGCGCUUCCAAAGCUUGAGCUGCACUACGCGUUAGUCAAAUGCUUCACAACACCUGAGCUCAUGCGCUGGCCCGGUAUUGAGCAAAUAUACGGCCCACACUUGAAGAAAACUAGUGUCUUCAGCUCGCCCAAGCUAUGGGAAGACCUGCAUACCAGGGUCAUCGAGCACAACAUCCGCAUCGUGUCACAAUACUACACCCGCAUCACCCUUGCUCGCUUGACUUCUCUUCUUGACCUCACGCAACAACAAACUGAAGAGAUUUUAUGCCGACUGGUUGUCUCCGGGACCGUUUGGGCACGGACCGACCGACCAGCAGGCAUUGUCAACUUCCGCAAGAGUAGGAGUGCGGAGGAUGUCAUGAACGACUGGAGUUCGGACAUGUCCAGGCUACUGGGGCUCGUUGAGAAGACUUGGAUGGGCGUGAACGCCGCGCAGGCGGCCCAGUCAAGAGCAGUGAAGGCGACGUCAUGAUGUACUGGACUUACUGUAGCUAUACUGUG